AAAGACUGUUAUGUUUUCCUUGUCUUGCACGCACAACGUUAAGAACAUUUAGCAUCUGAUUAAUUCAGAGGCUCCAAAUAAGUCACUGAAGAGCCCUUUGUGCAAGAGACAAGUUGGCUGCCCCAGAACACACCGGGGCUCAGAGCAGUCUCAAACCAGACACAUCUGACAUCUGUGCUUCACUGAAUUGCAGGCUCCUAGCUGGGACGGUGAGAACUCUGAGAAGCUGAACAUCCAGGGGAGCACAAUCGUGUCCGCCUCCGAAGAACUGGAGGAAGUCUUUUACUAACCCUGGGAUCCAGCUCAGUUGUAAGCAGUCGGUGUCCUUCCCGAGGGGAGUCUGGUGCAUGUGUCACCUCUGCUGCUCCGCUUGGAACUGGAUGAAGGUGAUGUUGAGCCUGACUCUGGUGCUGGUAUUGCUGGAGAGAUGCAGCGGGUCGGCUGCCUGGGUGUUCACAGAGCCUCAGCUUCAGGCCAGUGCUGGGGACUCUGUCCUGCUGCAGUGCCUCCUCCGAGACAUGGCAGACAAGAGCUGGACGAUGGUGAAGGUGGACUGGCUGCAUGUGCCAGGAGCGGGCACACAGAAGGAGGAGAUGGUGUUUUAUUACUACAGCAACUGUAGCAUCUCCGUGGGCCGUUUCCGGGACCGGGUGCAGUGGCAGGGGGACAUCUCCCGCUGGGAUGGCUCUAUCCAGCUGCGGGACGUGCAGGUGAACGACAGCGGCAAGUACCUGUGUGAGAUCCGGCUGCUGCAGCAGAGCAGCAUCUUCAAGAACCACACGGUGCUGCACAUCAGCCCCAUGGCACAGAGAGCAGGUCAAGGCGCAGUGAGUGCCCAGGGCUCUCCGGUCCUGGGAGACACCGGGCUUUGGUCUAUGACUGUGGGCUGUGGCUCUGUGGCCGUCGUGUUGGCAUUCCUGGCAGGACGCACCCUGAGGAAGAGGUCUGCAGCCAACACGGCCCUGGAGAGGACCAGAAAUGAAGGCAGCAAGGACAAAGCCAAGGAAGGGAUUUACUGCUCAAUGCCCGGAGCUGAGGUACACAAGGCUGAACAGGACACAGGGAAGAAGAGGAAAGCUGAGGAGACCUACAUAACCAUGCACCCCUCUGUCUUCCGUGAGAACGGCAUCUACGUGGAGCUGGCCAGGAGGGUGAUCCCAGCAGAGUGGAUGGAAGAGGGCAGAUGGGAUGACAGACCAAGUGAGAACCCCUACAGCAGACCACAGGAGGCCCUUCCCUGUCCCCCAGAGAGCGAGGAGUAGACGCGCUGGGGGAUGUAAACUCCUUAACCAGCUGCGUGCUCAAGACAUCUUUGUUCCUUUGGUGGGCCAGCAUUAUGCUGCUGUCAGCCCUUCCUCUAUGAAGUGUCUCUGCUUCGCUCUUAUCUCCGUGCUGGAGCUGCUGCUGGGGCUUGUCCUAUCCCCGUUAUCUGCAGCGGGACCAAGGGAGAUGUGCCUGUCUCUUCUCCUGCUCUCUGGAGGGGGACACCGAGGGCACAGCCUUCACUCUCCAGCUUUGAUCCCAGCCCGUGCUGCUCCGGGACUAGAGAUAAUGAACUCCAAGGAGAACCUGGUGGGGAAGGAAGGGGGAGAUGCAGUGGGAGCCGUGCAGGCGUGCCAGUGAUAUCUUCUGAAAAUAAUAAAACUCAGCGAGGCCCAGGGGGUCUUCCCUCUUUCUGGCUUCCUUUAACCUCCUGCUUAAA